UCGCUGCCUCCGGUUUCCCUUCCCUGGCUCAUUCUGGCUCUCGUCUAGUUCCUCACUACAAUAGGAAAGGGGCCAGCCGCGUUUUUAUUUUUUUCAUCGACCCCUCCGCCCCAAACUUCCACCAACGCGGCUCUUUUUUAUCGGAUAACUAUUUCCCCCCCUUGACUUGGCUACCUACCUAUACCCAUUGGACCUAACCUACCUAGCUAAGCUACCGACGUCAGCUCUCUUGUCUGACGUUAUCCCCCGGCCACCCCCUGGGAAGGAAAAAAAUACAUAAAAUAACAUUGAAAUCCCACCUAGUUGGAUGACGAUACCUUCGCACAACACGACUAGCUAAAAGAACCACAUCCCAGCCGCCACCACCGUUUCGUUAUUUGUCGCAUCAGUGGCAGAUAAACAGAUACGGGCUGACGGGCUGUUGGACUUCGCAUUCGCAUUGUUGGUUAAUUCUUUACUUCGGCGCCUCUGAUGCGCCUUCGUGAGAUUCGGAGCUCCUCGAAGCUAGCUUGGAGCUUUAUAAGCUGAAGCUGGAAUCAAAAGCUCAAAUUCAGAACCAUGCCUCCAAGACAGGGUCGUUUUCAACCCGCAGCAGCUGACAUUGUCACUUCUUUGUGUAGCCGGGAAUUUCAUGUUGUUGUGCUGGGUGCAGGCGGUGUCGGGAAGAGUUGUCUUACAGCUCAGUUUGUUCAUAACGAAUGGAUUGAGAGUUAUGACCCAACCAUCGAAGACUCUUACCGGACCCAAGUGGCUGUUGAUGGUCGCCAAGUAGUUCUGGAGAUUCUGGAUACCGCUGGAACAGAGCAGUUCGUUGCCAUGCGGGACCUGUACAUGAAAACUGGUCAAGGCUUUCUUCUAGUUUUUAGUAUUACCUCAGCUUCGUCAUUAUCCGAGCUAGCGGGGCUCCGCGAUGAGAUCAUCCGCAUAAAGGACGACGAGACUGUUCCGAUUGUCAUAUGUGGAAACAAGGCAGAUCUAGAAGACCAACGGUCCGUGCCACGUACCAAAGGUUUUCAAAUCUCUCAGAGAUGGGGCGCGCCGUACUAUGAAGCUAGUGCUAGGACGAAGACAAACGUCGACGAAGUAUUUGUCGAUUUGUGUAGACAAAUGCUCCGAAAAGACGAUGCUGGGGAGAAUUACCUCGAGGAGCAGGACGACAAAUUUGAUCCCUAUUCCAUAUCCUACUACAAAAAGCGAAGGAGGAGAAAGGAUAAGGACCGAGAUUCAAGCCACCGACCUAGAUGCGUUAUCCUAUGAUGAUUUCUACAGCGUUUGCUCGGGACAUAUUUUGGGGGGAUGCAUGCAAAAGCUCAUAGGUUUCGAUACCAUGAAGCGCGCGGUGGCUGAAUCCUUUUGAAGCAUCU